AGACUUACCUAACCUAUACCAAGAUACCUCGAUAACCAACUAUUAAAUACAUAUGCCUCUAGGUACUAUGUAAUACGGUACAGUACGCAAUACAGUAAAACCACAAUACUAACACAUUACAUAAAGCUUACCCAUUACACAACACCUGAUUGGCCCAAAACAGCCCCCACCAUUAUGCCUCAAUUCCAGUCCAGCGUCUUUAAACGGAAUACGGAAUAAAACACCCAGAAGCUCGUUAUCACAAGCUUGACGACAUCAAUUCCGAAGCCAAUUGGGCAUAUCCCAUAUCCCACCAUCCCACCACGUAACCCGAGAUGCAGGCUCUCCGGACAAGAGCAGCUUGCGCAGCCAGGCGCGCGCGGCCUACCGCUACUACUACCACUACCACUGCACCGCGAACCUCGCGAUCCUACGCCUCCGAAAGCCACGGCCAUGAUAGCCAUCACCACCACCACCACCACGCACCCGAGGUCGCGGAGGGAUUAGGACCAGCAUUCUACGUCUUCGCCGCCGCCGUCCCCGCCAGCUACCUCGCCUACUCGAUCUCGCGCCCGGGCCCCGACGGCGAGGAGUCCAGCUUCUCCAAGUGGCUGCGCAGCUUCGACUACUUCAACGACUGGGAGCUGCGCAACGCCCUGCGCUCCAACAUGAUCGAGCAGGCCGCCCACGACAAGCACUUGCUCAAUUACGCGGGCAAGAGCACGCACGUCGAGCUCAAGGCUCCCGAACUCCUCUACUCCGGCUCCCCCUGGAACGUCCCGGCGGGCUUCUACCCGAACCUAGACCACGUCACCGCGCACUACCACAAGCAAGCCGUCGAGGAGGAGGAGCGCAAAGUCAAGCUCCUGCAAGCCAAGGCCAGGGCGCAAGAGCAGGAGCAAAAGCAGGAGACUUCGUAACGGCCGCAUACGUACAUAGGUACCAUAUACCUAGGUACCUAACCUGACAU